CUACUGUCUUUUCCCAGGAAAAUCUUUCUUCCUCAAAUCCUCUGUUUUAUUUCCCCAACAUGUAUAGAAUGAAUCCAGGAGAUAAGUUUUCUCUCUAUCUGUAGUCAUAAAUUUAGAGAAGAAAUCUAUAUCAAUUACUUUCCUAGUUUCUUCCCUUUUCUUCAUUUCAUUCAUUUCUAAAGUACUAGUAGUAUGGAGUUUUCAUUCGCAGCGGCUUACAAGCAAGCUCACCACCCCUUACUGAACUUUCCGGCCGGUCCUGGCAUGAUUAACAUGGAACCCUUUAACCCCAUUCGCCGGAAGGAUAAGGUGGUUUUCGUCAUCGGUGCCACCGGAACUGGAAAAUCCAAGCUUUCCAUCGACCUUGCUAAUCGUUUUCCAUCAGAGAUUGUCAAUUCAGACAAAAUGCAAGUCUAUAAGGGCCUAGACAUCGUCACCAACAAGGUCACCAAAGAAGAACAACAGGGUAUCCCACACCAUCUAUUGGGUGUGAUUGAUUCAGAUACGGAUUUCGCCGCCGAGGACUUCCGCCACCACGCGACUGAGGCGGUGGAAUCGAUUGUUGAUCGGAAUCGUCUCCCAAUUAUCGUUGGAGGAUCUAAUUCCUUCAUAGAAGCACUGGUGAACGAUGAGGACUUCCAAUUCAGGUCUAAGUACGAGUGUUGCUUCCUCUGGGUGGAUGUAUCACUUCCCGUGCUAAGCUCUUUCGUGUCGGAUCGGGUUAACCGGAUGGUCGAGGCCGGGUUGAUUGAUGAAGUGCGAGGGAUAUUCAAACCGGACGCCGAUUACAAUCGUGGGAUCCGUAGGGCCAUCGGGGUACCGGAGUUGGACCAGUUUUUACGGUCCGAGCUGGCCGGAGUUGACGAGGCAGAGACACGAGCGAGGCUUCUCUUGAAGGCCAUAGACGAGAUCAAAACCAACACUUGCGUGCUAGCGUACCGCCAGUUGUCAAAGAUCCAUCGGCUACGAGACCUGUUGGGAUCGUACGUACACCGCCUCGAUGCAACGGAAGUGUUGAAGAAGAACAGGGAAGAUGCCGACGUGGCAUGGCAAAGGCAAGUGUUAGCACCAAGCGCUGCUAUCGUGCUGAAAUUCCUACACCAACGGAGUGAAGAUUCCAAUCGUGCCAUUGUCAGGAAUACUAAACCCAAAGCUGCUCCUACUUCUAAUCCUGGCCCAUCCCCUGCUAUCAAGCCCUCGGUCCUAGCGACCGCCAUUGCAGCAGCAACUCGUUAGGAAAACGAUCUUCUCCACCAUCACCGAUCCUCCUCCAGCAACCCAUCUAACGGUUUACAUGUGGAUUACCUACGGAAUUAUCCACGUGUCGAACACACGUUUUUUUCUUUUUUUUUUCUUUUUUUUGAGAAAGUGGGAGUUGUUCUCGAGAAGGGGGUUAUAUGGUUAAGGUUAAGGUUAAGGAACUACUUUUUCCGGGCCGUACAAUCUCAGAAGCAUUUUAGAAAUACGCGCCGCAGUUAAGGCGCAUGCGUGCGUUUAGCUCUCCGUACUUAAAAAAGUAUAUCUUAGUUUCUGUGGCUGAGAUGCACUUGUGGUGGCACUACCUUAUGUCCAAUUCUAUGGGUCCCAAACAUUUGCUUCCUUCCUCCAACUGGUAAAAGAAAUUAUCAUAAUUGACUAUAGAGAGAGAGAGAGAGAGAGAGAGAGAGAGAGAGAGAGAGAGAGAGAGAGAGAGAGAGGUUUUAUUUUGUGUUUUGAUUUGAAAGAUGUUAUUAUGUAUCUCCAUGAGUAGAGGUGAUUUAGUUUACAGAAAAAAGCAAAAAACAAAGGGUAGCAAAUGCUUUAACUUUUCCCAUAUCAAGUGAAUUUGAAUGUAAA